AUGUAUGGUUUCACGUCUGGACCUCCUGUACAGUCUAUUCCUGCGUUUCUGACUAAACUAAAGUUACUGGUGGAUGAUGAGGAAACAAACGAUCUCAUAUAUUGGGAUCCGCACGGGACAAGCUUUCACAUACGUGAUGGAAACCGCUUAGCCAAAGAAUUACUACCCCUUUAUUUCAAACACAACAAUUUAUCUAGUUUCAUAAGGCAGUUAAAUAUGUAUGGUUUUAGAAAAAUAAAUCGUGUGGAUCCGUCUCUUUCUUUAAAAUCUGACACUGAAGACAUGGAAUUCAGUCAUCCUUACUUCAUCCGCAAUAAAGAUAUUUUGCUAUCCAAAAUUCAGAGGCGGACCUCAAACAUGUUCUCACCAAUACUGGGGUCAAGAAAUCAAAGUUUUGGUGUGAAAGUACCUUAUGUUCAAACUAAUGCGGGUUUAAAUGGUUCCAUAAGUGUAUCACCCCAAAGACCAAUAACUGCCACAGACUUCUUAAGAUUGGCAGAGACUGUACGGCACUUGCGUUGUAAUCAGGAGGCUUUAAGUCAACAAAUUAGUGUGCUCAAGUCGGAAAAUCAGCUUUUGUAUCGUGAACUUUCUGAUUUACGGGAACAUCACGACAAGCAAUCCCAACUUAUUCAAACACUCUUCACAUUCCUGUCAGCAUUUGCAAAGGAAGGGAGGUCUGCAAGCGUGUGCAUCGGACAGACAAAACGUAAAGCUCUUCCUUCUAUUACUCCAUCCGGUUCAAGAUUUCAAAACAAAGAACUAAAGUUGGAUCUUCGAAAAGGUUUCCAAAUUGAAAGAAACUCUGUUCAACCACUUCAACUUGUCCAAACUAGUGAUUUGCUCGGACCACAUAAGCGCCCUAAAUUCGACUUACGAAAUUUGUCUGCAAAAAUAGGCAAUACAAGUUCCGGUGCAAAUAUUACUGACCAGAUUUCAGAUAUUGGAUCAGUUGUUCAUAUUCUCCCUUCAAAUCUUCAGCUUACUCCAGUGAAUCUUGGUAAUGACGGUAAAUAUGUAUACUCUUUAACUGGUUCAUCACAAGAGUGUGACGUAAAUAGACAAAGUUUGGUUGAUAAAAAUCCUGCAAAUGUUCAAGAUGAACCGAGAUACUAUCUGUCUAAGGUGGACGAUAAUUUCAUGCAUCCCACAAAUGACGAAGAGUUUCCUGUAGGCCUUAAUAUUGAGGAAGAUGGUGUUACAGAUGUGAAUAAUUCUAUUUUAGAGUUAAACUGGCCAUGUAGUAGAUCAGAUACGCCUUAUUGUCUAACUGAUUCUCCUGGCUUGAGUGACGUAAUACCUUCAAAGUUAGAUGGUGUAACAGAUGAAAGUAUUUGUGACCUGCUUCUUAACUGUGACUCACAAACCGAACAAGUAGUCGGUAACAAUCAGUCUCUCCCAGAGUCUACCAUUUCAAAAUACACGAAGGAGCCAAUAAGAAAACAGCAUAAAAUUCAGAACAGACCCCGUUGUAUCGUACCUUUUUCAGAAAGCGACCCUCAAUUUGCUUCCACAACUCUCCAGGACAUUGACAGUCUUCCAUGGGAGAAGUAUCAAGAUAGUGGUUUUGACUUUAAUCUCGAUGUUGAACAAAACCAAACAGAAAAUUCAAGCGGUUCUUCAAAUGGUCUUAUAGUCGGCAAUGAAAUUAUUCCGGUGGAACCCGUUAAUUUAAACUCAUGUGAUGAUGUUAUCCAGUUCUUGAGGUCAGAAAUUCCUGACAAGAAGUUAAAAUCAGAUGAACCAUUAAAAACUGUUGCAACGACUGAGGCACAAGCCUCUACUCAAAGUGGUGCUAUUGAUUUAACAAGCAGUUCAUCUGCGCCAACUACCUGGAAAGCAAGACUUUCUGCCAACAAUCGGCUCACAAUAUCCGCCUCUCCCAAAGUUAAACGAAAACAAGUACCGAAUUGGAAUAAUGUACAAUCCAGUGCUCUUCAUUUCAUUGUAAUUUCUACACACAGUAGUUUCCCAAAGAAUUUCUUCACGAUAAAGAUUCGCCAAAGUAAUAUAUCAUGA